CUUCCGGUAGAAAGCUAAGAGAGUAGUUAUUAUUUGUGAUAAUCAAAACUUGAUAAUCAUUAAAUUCUUCUUAAUGAAAAUCAUAUACGAGAAAUAAUAGUUUAUAUAGUUUAUAUGAUUUUAAAGGCAACACUUCGUGAAGAUAGAUUUUAGAUUAAUAAAUCUGAUGAAAGUAAAAUAAUGAAAACAAGUAAAUAACUUCUCCCAAAGGAAUGGCUGACAGGGAAACAAAUAACACAACUGCAUCGGAGAAAGUGGCAUUUAACAAUAUGACAGGUUAUUUGCCAACUCACAAUGGUGUGAAGAUAGACCAUAAUAAAUGCAGAUAUCCACACUGUAUUGUUUGGACACCAAUCCCUUGCUUGACGUGGCUGUUUCCAUUUAUUGGACAUAUGGGAAUUGCUACGUCAGCAGGAGUCAUAAGGGACUUCGCAGGACCAUACUAUGUUUCGGAAGAUGACAUGGCGUUUGGCAGACCAACAAAGUAUUGGCAGCUGGAUCUACUUAAUGUUCCUAAGGGCAAGGAGAAGUGGGACAAAUCUGUAGCUGAAGCAUCGGAGGAAUACAAACACCGAAUGCAUAAUCUGUGCUGUGACAAUUGUCACUCUCACGUUGCCAUGGCUUUGAACUUAAUGAACUACAAUAAUAAGUCCAGCUACAACAUGGUGGUUCUGUGUUUUCUGAUGUUGAUAUAUGGAAAAUAUGUCAGUUUCUGUGGAUUCCUGAAGACAUGGCUGCCCUUCCUAAUCAUGGCAUCUGUAAUAACCAUUGUGAGUGUACUCUCUACACAUAUGUGAGAAGGAGAUGGACUCUGUGAAUUGUGAUAGUAAUGUUUUCAUUUUCCCCUUGUAUAUUUCAUUGCUCUUAAGUUGUUUUGUGAAAAAGACGAAGAAAUCCAUUUUCUUCACCCUACUUUGGCGGUAAAUCUAGGAGUUGUAUAAUUUGUAGAUGUCAUAGUCAUUGUUUAAGGCUGAUGAACCACCAGAAAGAAUCAAUAAGGCAAGAAUGAUGUAACAAUUCCACACUUCUAGAUAUAUUUUUUUAUUUUAAUUAUUACCUUGCUGACUUCUUCAAUGUUUCAGUAAGACAUUCCAUACAUAUCUAAAAUAUUAAAGUAUGUGUUCAUUCAGAUCUAUAGUAUAUUUCAUUAUGUAACUUACAUAGUUAUGCCCCUAACUUACAUAGUUAUGCCCCCACGACUUAAGUGGAAGCCAUAUUGUUUUUCUCCUGUUUUGGGUUGUUUUUAACAUAACGGUUUGAUUUGUUGAAAGCAUUAAGUACCUACAAUUUUUUCCAACAAUUCAUUGUAAAUGUAUAUAGAUUUGAAAAUUCGCAUGACUCCCAGGUUUUUUUUAUCUUCUACAAAUUGAAAUUUUAACAUGCAAAUGUAUGGUGAGUUAUGGAGGUGAGUAAGUCCUCAGCGGUCCAACAAAACACAGGGCAAUAUCUUUUUUUCAUUCGUCAUAUAAUUUUCACACAUGUACUAGAACAAAUAUACAGACAAUUAAAAUAAUUAUAUGUUUAUCAGAUUUGUCGUAUUGUGGAGAAAUGGAAGUCUUACCCAAGACUGAUUAUUUUUACUUUUUUUUUGGGGGGGGGGUCUAUUUUUCAUGUUUACGUUAAUGAUUUUUAAAACACAUUUUAAGGUUUGUGUGAUGUCAUCCUGAAAUACUGUAUAUUUACAUAAUUUAGCGGGGUUUCAUAUUUUAGCGCUUAUAGCACUGUCAUGUUGACUGGGCGGUAUACGCCCACCCAGUAAAUCAUGAUAGCAGUACUAAACCAAGAGCCGCGACUUAUAGUUUACGCUAAGAUAUGAUACCCUCUGUUUAUGCACCAAGCAGUGCAUCAGUUUCAGUCACGCAAAUUUUUUGAUACGCGAACACAAAUACACAUACCGUAUAUCACUUUAAUGUGAGCACGAACACGAGUGCAUUAUUUUUUGCUGUUGUAUAUAAAAUUGUUAUUUAGCUAUGUUGAUAGUAGGCCUACAUUGAAUUGACAAAUACUGUGAUUGAAUACGUUUUAUUUAUAUUUGAAUAUUUCAUACUAGUAUCUACUUUGAAGAAAGCUUGUACAAAAUCCAUAAACAGGAGUAAGCUACAAAGCUAUUAAUAUUGUAUGUUUAUUGUUUAGAUAUACGUUAGCAUUGAUCAGGAUUUAUUUGUCCAGUAUGAAUUGAAGUUAUAUAAAUAUUGAUAACGAAAUGCCUGUUAGCUCUAAAAUGUGGAAGUAAAGUUUCUUCUGUUGAAAAAAACUGAAAUUACGAAA